AGAGAAAAUGCUAGCAGCAAAGGUGAUUUCUAUACUGUGGUGGUUGUUUAUGUUAUGCCUUGUACUUUCAAAGACAUAUCAGUCCCAGUCGUAAUUUGGAAUUUGAAUUUGUUUUUCUGGCCAUUGAAAAGUGCCAGUACCAUAGCCAUCUAGAAAAUGCUGAUAAAGAAUGCUAGGAUUUAUCCACUGUCAUGCGCCAAGGAACCCCGAGUAAUGCAUUAAGUUUAUCCUCUUGCUCCUUUCUAUAAUUUUACACGUGAAGGGGAUAAGAAUCAUGUGAAGAUGGUUUUUAUGUUAGAGGAAGCAUGCUUCCUAAGAAAUAAUGCUUUUCUUCUUUACAAAUGGAAUACUCACAACCUGAGUUAUUUUCUCUUGUAUUAAAUGAUUUUCCUCUUUCAGUUCAACUUUCAGGACUUUAUAUUAAGCAAUACAAGUUUAAGGUUAGUUUCUCCUACUAAUCAAACGGUGUGUACACUUGCAUGCAGCAGUCAUCGGUUAGGCUCUGGAAAUGAGGUGAUGAGUGCCCAGCAAGCUGAAGACCUUAAAAUGAAGGAAAAGAGGAAGCGAGAGCGUGAGAAAGAUUUACCAUGUAAAAAGCGUCGAAAACUACAAGCAGGCAGAGAGAUGCUAGAGGAUGAAGAUCUAACUGAGAAACCAGAAGGAAGUGGAAAAAAUAAGAAGGAAAAUACUGGACUAUCAUUAGUCGAUCUGGGUUACCGUCGGGUGAAAGCAGCAGAGGCUGUGAAGAAGGCAUUGGAUGCUGGCAAGAUUGUGCAGAAGAAGGCUGGUAAGAAAUCAAAGCCGCCUCCUGAAAGAACUCAAUCAAGGACAGAAGAAAUGCGGGAGCUGUUCCAGAGGGACAUGAGUGAGAGAAAGCAGAAGAGAAUGGAACAAGAAACAGGAAGUCCAAGAAUUCAUUUAAGAGCAAAUCAAGGUAUAAGCGGAGGUGGCCCUAUCAAGUUUGCCAUCAAAUUAUGUGGUCAUUUACCUCGAUAAAUUAUGAAGGUUCUAUACUUUAGCUGUGCUGAUUUUGGAGGAGAGGCAGGCAGAUACUAACCGUUGAUGGUGCGAAAGCAAAAGCAUCCAUACAAAUGAAGUGUUCAUCAUCUCCCUUGAUGUUUCAACUUACCAUCCUGUAUUUUCUUUUCCCAGUAUCACUAGGUGACAUCAAACCCUAUUAACAAAUGCUUUCCUGGGUUGAUUUAUAGAUUGCAAUAUGCUGGCAGUUGGCCCACAGAGUUUUGAUCUGUUAUGCUGCCUUGUGGAAAAAAAUGGUCUCUAGGCUCGCUGGCCUCUCCUGACUAGGGUUUAGUUUCUUGAUUAUUAUUUCUGAGAAAAAAUGUAACUCAACUUACCUUGUAUGCUGGAAUUGCGUGUUAGAAAAAUAUGUAAGCUACUACGAGCAGCAAGUCAAAAAGUUUUCUUGUCAGCAGAAACUGUCUUGUAUUAUCUGAGUUGUUUCUGUGGGUUCAGGAAUUACAAGAUAUCAA